AGGUAACAUGAUAUGAAACCAAAAAGGAUAAAAGAAGAAUUUACAUUAAGCCCGAGAUCGAAGAUCCCCGUUCUUAAUUUAUUCCCCAUUUCUGCCUCGUUGGCUUGCUUAGGGCUAUCAAAUUACCGCAUUCUUAUCUAAUUUCAUUUUUUUCGUUCUUGAAAAAUAAAAAUAAAGAUAAAAUUUUUUAGCCUCUACAGCCACACUCUACUCUUCUCUCUGCAUUUCCUUUCUCUACACGCUGCUCGCUUUUUUUUUUUCUCUACUUUUUUAUAAUAGAAGUAUUUGAUUACGCUUUAAUCUGAUGCUUGCUUCCCAAUGGAUUUCUUCUAUUGCUACUAGCUUCGAUACGCAUCUGCUGCUUUCUAUUUCACGAGAUCUCCUCACUGUUAACUCGCUUUGAUAGCCAAUGGCGUUGAAGCGGGGACUAUCCGGUGUGGGCGUCCAAAGGAACAGAAGUUCUGGAUCUCGAUUGCCUAUCGCGAUUCUCGUUUUCUUCUCAGUUCUCGCGCCACUUGGUUUCCUUGUCGGGCGAGGGCUUUAUAUUUCUGAUCAAAAUAGUAUUCAAAGUGAUUCUAGCAAGCAGAAUGUUGAUUGGAGGGAAAGGCUGGCAUUGCAAUCUAUCAAAUCCCUUCUCACUAAAGAGGUCAUCGAUGUUGUCACUUCAAGCACGGCUGAUUUGGGUCCACUAAGUCUUGAUUCUUUCAGAAAAGGCAAUUUGUCUGCAUCGUGGAAAGUUAUUGGGGUAGAAGCUUCAGUUGAGGAUAAUGCUACUUCUCAGUCAAACCAAAAGGCUACAGACUUCAAACAAGAAACAUCUCAAGUAAAAGAGGGAAAGGUUCUAGAUGAUGAUCAUUCACAUGAUACACCUGCUAAAACACUUCGAAGGCAACUUAGAGAGAAAAGACGUGAGAAGCGGGCAGCUGAGUUGGUGCAACAAGAUGCUGAAGCUACUGUGAAACUUGAAAAUGCCGCCAUUGAACGAUCCAAAGCUGUGGACUCUGCAGUUCUGGGCAAAUACAAUAUAUGGAGAAAAGAAAAUGAGAAUGAUAACUCUGAUUCCACAGUGCGCUUGAUGAGGGAUCAAAUUAUAAUGGCAAAGGUUUAUGUAAGUAUUGCAAAGAUGAAAAAUAAGCUUGAGUUGCUUCAAGAACUACAGAUUAGACUCAAAGAGAGUCAACGUGCCUUAGGGGAGUCAACAGCUGAUGCUGAUCUACCUCGCAGUGCAUCCGAGAAAAUUAAAGCUAUGGGCCAAGUUCUAUCCAAAGCAAGAGAGCAAUUGUAUGAUUGCAAGUUGGUCACUGGAAAGCUCAGAGCAAUGCUUCAGAUAGCAGAAGAACAAGUUAGGAGCUUGAAAAAACAGAGCACGUUCCUGAGUCAAUUAGCUGCCAAAACAAUUCCCAAUGCAAUCCAUUGCUUAUCGAUGCGUUUGACCAUAGAAUACUAUCUCCUUCCCCUUGAAAAGAGAAAGUUUCCUAGAAGUGAGAAUUUGGAAAAUCCAAAUCUCUACCAUUAUGCCCUCUUCUCUGAUAAUGUCUUGGCUGCAUCAGUUGUUGUCAACUCAACUAUCUUGAAUGCCAAGGAUCCUUCAAAACAUGUUUUCCAUCUUGUUACAGAUAAACUUAAUUUUGGAGCAAUGAACAUGUGGUUUCUGUUGAAUCCCCCUGGAAAAGCCACCAUUCAUGUUGAAAAUGUUGAUGAAUUCAAGUGGCUUAAUUCAUCCUAUUGCCCUGUCCUACGGCAGCUUGAGACAUCUGCAAUGAAGGAGUAUUAUUUCAAGGCUGAUCAUCCAACCACAUCUGGAUCUUCAAACUUGAAGUACCGAAACCCGAAGUAUCUCUCAAUGCUUAACCACUUGCGGUUCUAUCUGCCACAAGUCUACCCCAAGUUAGAUAAAAUCCUAUUUCUUGAUGAUGACAUUGUUGUCCAGAAAGAUUUGACUGGAUUGUGGUCUGUGGAUCUCCAUGGAAAAGUGAAUGGUGCAGUAGAAACCUGUGGUGAAAGCUUUCAUAGAUUUGACAAGUAUCUGAACUUUUCAAAUCCUCAUAUUUCAAGAAACUUUGAUCCUAAUGCUUGUGGUUGGGCAUAUGGAAUGAAUAUUUUUGAUCUCAAGGAGUGGAAAAAGAAGGAUAUAACUGGCAUAUACCACAAGUGGCAAAAUAUGAAUGAAGAUAGAGUGUUGUGGAAGCUUGGAACACUUCCUCCUGGGCUGAUUACAUUUUAUGGUCUGACACAUCCACUUGAGAAGUCAUGGCAUGUACUUGGUCUGGGUUACAAUCCAAGUGUAGACAGGAGAGAAAUUGACCAUGCAGCAGUUAUCCACUAUAACGGCAACAUGAAACCGUGGCUGGAGUUGGCUAUGACAAAGUAUCGACCAUACUGGGCCAAGUACAUCAAGUAUGAUCACCCCUACCUCCGGAGCUGCAACCUGAGUGAAUAAACCUGAUUAAGUGUGACCUAUUUGUUUUUUGCUUUGCUUCUCUCUAUCCCACAUUGUUUAUUCUUCUUUGUAAUUCAUUAAAUUCAUUCCCCGAAGCACUCACACAUUGGAACGAGUUAACAGAUUGUAUGCAAUGUUAACCAGCGAAGACACCCUUUGAUUUUUUCCUCCCUUCUCCAUUUUGGAGAUAAGUUCAAUUUAGACAGAAUAGUGAACCUCAUAUGAACCUGAGUCCACUGUAUUUUUUGAACAAUGGCUCGUUUGCAGGAUUUAAUGUAUGAGUAUUUAAAUCUUAUAAAGACUCGAAUUUCUGACUU